UCAGGCACGUGGGGCGGAAGUGGCUGAGAAGGGAAUGGGGGUGUUGACUUUGGAUGUUGGAGGGGAUACUGGUGGACGGACUGGGUACAUGGAGUUGGUGUCGAUGGAGGAUCAGGACGCCAGGGUCCCAGCCCUGGAGCCAUUCAGGGUGGAGCAGGCACCACCUGUUAUCUACUAUGUCCCUGACUUCAUCUCCAAGGAAGAGGAGGAGUAUUUGCUUCGACAGGUCUUCAAUGCCCCAAAGCCCAAGUGGACCCAGCUCUCCGGGAGGAAGUUACAGAACUGGGGUGGGCUCCCCCAUCCCCGGGGGAUGGUUCCUGAGCGGCUGCCCCUGUGGCUCCAGCGCUACGUGGACAAAGUGUCUGAUCUCAGCCUUUUUGGGGGUCUCCCAGCCAACCAUGUCCUUGUGAACCAGUAUCUGCCUGGGGAGGGCAUCAUGCCCCACGAGGACGGGCCACUGUACUACCCGACCGUCAGCACCAUCAGCCUGGGCUCCCACACCAUGCUGGAUCUCUACGAGCCGCGGCAGCCAAAGGAUGAUGACCCUGCAGAGCAGCCCCGGCCCCCGCCCCGGCCGGCCACCUCGCUGCUGCUGGAACCGCGCAGCCUGCUGGUGCUCCGGGGCCCCGCCUACACGCGCCUCCUCCACGGCAUCGCAGCCUCCCGCGUAGACGCGCUCGACGCCGCCUCCCUGCCGCCCAACGCGGCCGCCUGCCCGUCGGCGCGGCCCGGAGCCCGCCUGCUGCGCGGCACCCGCGUUUCGCUGACCGUCCGCCGCGUGCCCCGCGUGCUGCGCGCCGGCCUUCUGCUCAGCAAGUGACGCCAGGCCCCGGGACCGGCCGGGAUUCCCGGGCUCUCGCCUCCAGACGGCUGCGCCCCUGUGACCUUGGAACCCUGGGGCAGAGGCAGUUCCCCCGGGUUUUAUUUUCCCAGUAGUUGUGGGAACCACAGGAAAAGGCCCCAUUACAAAUAAAACAAAACAAAAUCUUUC